AUGGCGACUCGAAAGGACUUUGAUAGCCGAUCACAGGUAUCAUCGUUCUAUGGAAGGCCAUCGUCACAGAUAAACAUGGACUCGAUGCCGCGCCAACGACAGCAGCCAGACACACUGGGUACCAACAGACGCGACUCGACAUCUUCUUUUUUCCGUCCCGAUGAAUAUGGUGCUUCUGGACUUGACUAUGACUCCACCAAUAGGCGUGGAGGAGGCUAUGACCGGGCCUCAUACAUCGGCUUGGACAAUCCCAGAGGCGAUAUAGGGGCUGCUGGCAAGGACGAAGAAUGGGAUCAGGAUAGUGGGUAUCGACCCAUCCGGGAAACAGCUGGUGGUUCCCAGGCGAGUGCAGCCAAUCAAGUUGAGCUCGUCACUGUACCCGCUCUGGGCGCCGAAUGGAAGGCCUCUGAGCUGCACGACAUGACAAAGGCUGGGAGAGCCGAAGCACGUGCUGAAGAACGUCGCCGAAAAUGGAGAGAAUUUAAUCGAGACCAGCGCGGACUGUGUGGAAUCAGUUGGGCUAAACGCACAACUCUAGUUUGGGUUAUAUUCAUAGUUUGCGCAGUGAUCGGCAUUUUGUUGGCAAUCCUUAUUCCUCGCGUCCCCAGCUUUGGAUUCCUGGGUGAUAUGCCUCUCAACGCAACUAGCGAUGGCGGCAACCCCCAGUUCUCUCGAGUUCCGGCCAAUUUUUCUUUCGACGCCCUUGUUUCUUUGCAAGUGAACACAAACGGUCAGAUCGUCCUCCCAUUGCAUUUCAACAACAUCCGUGCCACCAUUUAUGAAGUCGAGAGCGCUCGUCAAGUAGCCUCGGGUGAUUUGGGAGGAUAUACCGUUCCCGCCAAGACCUAUGCCGAGCUCAAAGUGCCAGUUACUUUUUCAUACGAAGCUGCAAAUACCUCGGAUGUCACUUGGACUAAAUUUUAUGAUGCCUGCAAGAACAAGUCUCAGGUCACGGGCGGCAAACGGCCUAGCUUGCAACUCCGCCUCGUGCUUGAACUGUCGAUCGCUGGGUUGAUCGGAAAGCCUACGGCUGGUACGCAGAUCAACGAUGCCGCUUGCCCGAUCGAGUUGGCUGCCAAUGCUGCAUAA